GAUGAAGUUGAAAUGGCGGCGGAGCCUCUGAGUCCUGAUGGCUAUCUGGCCCCGACUCGAGAUGCCUCACGUGUUGUACAAAUGUAUAAGGCCCAGCUAGAUUCACAGUGGUCCAUGCAAGUGGAUGAGGAGCGGCGAAAAGAAAGCAACAUGUUGACAACAGGCGAUCUCAUUUCUUUCGGGUAUCAGUGCAUUCAUCGAGACAUCGCAGCUCGAAAUAUACUGGUGACAGGUCAGCGAGCGAUACGAAUAGCGGACUUCGGUCUUGCGCGAAAGGACACAACAAUAUAUCACAUCCGAAACAGCCAGAGUGUACCACUGCCGUUGAAGUGGAUGGCGCUGGAAUCAAUCAUUCAUUCCGAUUUCACUGAACAGGCUUAG